AUGAUAGCUGCAGGUACCCAAGUGAACUGGGAGAAUUUCAAGCAGCUAUUCUUGGAGAAAUACUUUUCCCGAGAUGUGAGACAUAAGAAACAGGUAGAAUUCCUUGAGUUGAAGCAAGGAGAAAAUUUUGUGGCUGAGUAUGUGACUAAGUUUGAAAAUUUGGUCAGAUUUUGUCCUAUGUAUGAAGGUGUGGGCAAUGAGGAGGAAAAAUGUGUAAAGUUUGUGAGUGGUCUUAGACCUCAGAUUAAACAAGUUUUCAAUUAUCAAGGGAUCACUCACUAUCAUGAAUUAGUAAACAAGUGCCGAGUAUAUGAUGAGGACAACCGUGCUAGGGUAACUCAUUAUAAGAGUGGAGGACCCAUGAGGAAUAAUAAGUUUGGGUCAUCUAGUAAGGGUAAACCUUACACCAAGUCUGCCGGGAAUUCGAGUUCUAAAUUGAAUAAUCAAGAUUCUGUGCAACAAAGGAGCCAAGCUAGCAAAAUGUCUAGAGGAGGGAGUGUGAGUUCUAUUCCACACAACAACUACUUCAACUGUGGGAAGCCAGGGCAUAGGGCAAUUGAGUGUCAGAUACCAAGAGCAAUAACAUGUUACAACUAUCAACAGAAUGGACACAAAGCUAAUGAAUUCCCCAAUAACAAGAAAGGAACAACAGAGGUUGGAGGGAGCGCUAGUAAACCUAGAGCGACAGGAAGGGUGUUUGUCUUGAGUGGUGCUGAAGCUACUCAAUCCAAAGACUUAAUCCAGGAGAUUCCAUGGUUGACUUAA